AAUUUGACAGCUUAUUAAAGGUAUGCUACAUUUUUUUGUGUCGUAUACAAAAAUACCCACACAUGUAGAAUUGUUAUGAAAACAAGACGAAUUUGCUCUGCAGUCGAAAGAAAAAGUUGAUUUUUUUAAUUCGUGGCACUAUUUUCUAUAAUUUUUGUUAUAAAAACAGUAGCGGGAAGUGAGAGGAAUUCGGAAGUGAUUGUGUUUUGUGAAUUAGAGCUCGAAAAGUGAGGAUAUUCGAGAAUGUCGAAGUGCCAUGUACCGAACUGCAGGAGUAAGAUUCCAUCGGAAAGAAAGCUAGGAAAAAAUCCAAGCGAGCCGGUGGCGUUCCAUCGAUUUCCAUCGAACGUUGGGCAGAAGAAGCGCUGGCUUAAGUUUCUCGGCCAGAAUCAGACGACGGACACCACGAACCUUUUUGUCUGUUCGAAACACUUUUUGGAAACCGAUUUCGCCGACGCAUCCCUUCCAUCAUCGUCGAACCAAAGAAAGCGGCUUAAAGCAGGAGCUGUUCCCAGCAUCAGGAAUCCUGGUUCGAAGCUGAAAAACAAACGCAGCCGCUAUCGAAACCGCAGCGCAGAUACGAAAACAGACAAUGAUCGAUCUACGGUGGAGUGUGGAAAUGACUCAGGCGUCUCAUUGUCUAACGAUUGUUCUCUUUUGGAUGAAUCGGUCACGAGUAGCAGCGGUGGAGCUCUUUCCGGAAAUCAAGUAAAGAAGGCUGCUGGCUUGGAAUUGCGGAUUAAGGAGCUCGAGCAACAACUUCAGGAAAGGGACAUCGCAAUAUCGGUUUUGCAGGAUCAGAACGAGCAGCAGAAGAAACGUGUAGCUGACCUGGAGAAGCUUUCCCGCGAUUUGACGGAUGUACGUGAGACGCACAUAAUCGAAAAAUCUCGUGAAUUGCUGUCGUCGAAGUUGACCAGGAAUCAAUCUGACUUGCUGCUAGGCGUUAAAAAACGAGUGAACUGGAGUAACGAGGAGCUUUCACGGGGGUUUACUCUACGAUUUUUCGGUUUGCCUGGAUAUGACUAUCUCACCAAAAAUCUCGGUAUGCCAUUUCCUCGAUCGAGCUGUCUACGACAGUAUGCGUCCCGAAUGGACAUGCGGCAAGGCUUUCUGAACGAAGUGCUACAGAUGCUAAAGGCUAAAUCGCAAAGCAUGUCCGAAUUUGACAGAGUAUGCGUGCUUCUGUACGACGAAAUGUCGGUCAGUGAAGUCUACGAGUAUGACCGAAAACACGAUGACGUACUGGGGCCUCAUACCAAAGUACAGGUAAAAAUGACCAUAAAUUAAAUAAUCCUUCAAGAGGUUCUUAUGAUUCUUACUUUAAUUCUUGUAACUGUUUAGGUUUUAAUGAUCCGAGGUCUUUUCGGUGAUUGGAAGCAACCCAUAUAUGCGUCCUUUGAUGUCUCGAUGACGAAAGCUUUGUUAUUAGAGGCCGUUAACAAAGCGUACGAAGCAGGGUUUGAAGUCGUAGCUGCUGUAUCCGACUG